AUGCUUCGGCUCAGGCAGUUAUUUCGAAGCCAAGCCCGCCCAUUUCGCUUCAACCCCGGCUCUUAUUCACACCCCGUCCCGACAGUCCGACAUGUGAGAUUUAGACGGCCUUGGCUGAGAUCCUUUGUCUCUAAGUGUCUCUUGUAUGGUGCGGCAUAUCAGUUAUGGAGUUCAUUCGUUCUCGUUCGCCUCGACGAUGAUAGCCACGAUACCGAUAUCCCACCCGAGCCAACACCGAACACAACCGGCCUGCGCCGAAGUCCACCGGGAGGAGAAGAGUUGCUGGAAGGCGAAGAUGAACUGGGCGCACCUUUAUUUGUUCCGUUGACUUGGUCUUGGCUGGAAGAGGGCGAACUCUAUGCCGCAUCGGACCCGGAAUGGCAAGAGUUUGUUCAAAUAUCCAAGGACCGAGGAAGACUUCAGAAACUACGAGAUGAACUCGCCGCUAUCGUUCUGGAGAACGCUUCCGGCCAAUUGACACGAGUCCUCGGCGGCCCUCUUUCUCUCACUGGGUUUUGGCUAGUACAUCAAUUUCCAAACCGUGCUCCUCCGGAAUAUCUACGAUCUGGGAUCGAAUUUAACGAUGAUGGUGUAGCGUGGGUCACCAAGCCUAUCGACCCCGAAAUAGGCGAUAGGAUCCAAUCAUUUAUGAAGCCUGUUCAUAUGGCACUUGCCAUAAAAGAUGCCUAUCUAGUGCUUUUCAAGAGACAGGUCACUCGUUUUACAGGAGAACCAACAACAAAUCACCCCGAAAUUUUGACUUUACCACGCAAUGUUCAUAUCGACCGCAGUAUGGACCAGAGACAGCCCGACUUAUCCCCAUCUAUUGAGGAGCUAUCUACAGACCGAACACCAACCGAAGACCAACCUCUUCAUCCUUCCCUUGUCAUAUCCACUCUACAACGACUCCCACUGCCUGACAUAGGACCCGGAUCAGAUUUACAUUUGGCGUCCCUCGCCUUUCGAAUGCGAUUGAACCACUAUCAGACUUCGAUUCGCCGGACACCUCUUCGGGGAACAUUUUUCAUUUCCGGGCCCGUUGGUGUGAGGGGACCAAAUGGGUUCUGUCGGUUUGAAGUCCGUGGAGAAUAUGAUCCAUCUCAGUCUGAAUGGCGCACGGUUGAGAUGGUGUUGCGGGAUAUCAACCUCCGGAAGCAGAAACCCCUUGGAGGACGGUAA